CUGGGAGGAGAACGAGCAGACGCAGGCAGCCGGAGGCCGGCGGAGGGGGUACAUGGGCCACCUGACGCGCAUCGCCAACGCCCUCGUCCAGAGCUCCGAGAAGGGCCCUCACGUCGCCCUCGUGGGGCAGCUGCUGAAAGAGCUGCCGGAGGAGGAGCAGGAGCGGUGGGAGAAAUUCGUCUCGGGGCCCCUGGCAGAGACCAACAAGAAAAAUGUGGUGGAUCUGGUGAACAUGCACAAUCUGCACUCGUCCAGCGACGACGAGGAGAACGACCUGAAGGAGUUCAACUUCCCCCAGGAGGCCGUGCUACAGCAGGUGGGUCUCGCCCACUUCCGCCAACUCAAGAGCGCCCCCUUCGACAGGACGGGCAGCCUGAGCUUCUCGCUGAGCGCCGACGACGACAGUCCCAACUCCAACCUGUUUGAAGUCUGCUACAAGGAGCGGAUCCAGCAGUUUGAUGACGACGACUCGGACGGGGAGGACGCCUGGCAGGAGAAGGAGCUGGGCUACUCGGGGGGCCCCUCGCAGCCCGCAGGGCCCAGGAGCUGCGGCAGCACGGACAGCGAGGGCAGCCGGGACUCGGAGGAGGAGGAGGGCGAGGAGGAAGACGCUGGCGGGGGCGUGGAGGGCGGAGGAGGAGGAGGAGGUGGCGAGGCCGAGGGUAAGACCCCAGUGGAGAAUGGGGGGCCAGCCCUGACCCGGAGCCUGCAGAGCCCCCAGCUCCGCUCCCCCCCAACGGCGGGGUGGACACCGGGGUGGCUGUGUGGGACAGGCCCGGCUCGGACACCUCCCGCCCCCCCACGGAAGGGAGCUGGGCCCUGUUUACAGACACCCCAGCGCAAACCAGCCCGUCAGACGCCCCGUCAGGCUCUGCCCAGGGACCCCACCCUCAGGAACCGACAAGCAGCAAUGUAUCUUUGGGGGGAGCCCCCCCGGAGCCCCCCCGUGCGGGAUCACCCUGCGAGAGCAGCGACCCGGCGCCGAACGGCCAAUCGGCACCUCCGCCCGCCCCCGCCGCAGCCAGGCCAAACACGGAAGGGGCCCCCCUAUCUACCUCCGACGCCAGCCAGCGGCUCCCGGGGGCCGCGGCCGCCCCGAAGGCGGAAAACAGCGCCCCCCUUAGGCAGCAGCAGCCAGCAGCCAGAUAAAGCUCACAGAGGGCGCCUGGGGAAGCUGCUGAUCGUGGGGGGCUGGGGGGAGCCCCCCCUCCCGGAGCCCGGCCCGCCCAAGGAGAGCCCAUUCCCGCGGGUGGGGGCAGCAUAGGACGGGGGGGCACAGUCCUCUCCAUCACAAGAUGCUUAUGGCGAGACAGCUGAGCCCCCCGCAGGCAGGCUGGUGUGAGCC